AUGGCCACUGGAUCGAGUAAAGAGAACGAGGAGUCUACGAGCGUGACAGAAAAAGUUGCGACGUCGAGUCCAGGUACGAAAACCACGUUAACAGCUCAAAAAAACAGAACAGUUCGCGGUUCGACUCCCGGAGACUCUGCAAGUAUUACAGCGGAAGAUGCAUUCUCUGUUAACAAAUUGCAGAACAAUUUUCCUCGUCGUACAGUAAUGAAACCGUUGAUCAGUCCCAGCCCGUACAAAAGGCCAGCUUCCGCUUCGGCCUCUAGCCCGGUGAAGCUGGAAACCCAGUACAAUACUAAAAAGAAGCGUUACCUGCAACUGAAAAAAGAUUUGAUGGAGAAGCAGAAAUGCGCGCAGGAUCUCUACAACGACAUGUCUCAGCUGCGAGAGAAGGUGAUCACCUCCGGUGGCAAGGAUCCAGGUAAACUGGAAGACGUGAAGGUCGAGGUAGGAUCCUCGAAACAGAUACCAUCCGGUGAGACAACGAUCACCAGAGAGCAGAUGGACAAUAAUCUCGAGAAGCUUGCCAUCGGUAACGAGUUCCUCAAGUCCCUGGAGAACAAGCUCGAGGGUAUCCCGAAGAAAUCGCAGAAUCUUUGUUACGAGCUGUUGGACAAGCAAUCGGAAUUCGUGGCAUUCAUCACCUCGCACUUGAUAAACGCCAGCGAGGUGGGCAGUGAAACGGACAACGCGAUGGUCACGGUCCAGCUGGAGGCACAUCAGAAGGAGUGCGACAGCCUGAGGAGCCGUUUGGUCGAGAUAGAAGAGACGGAAACGAGUUCGAUGACGGAGUUGAUGAAGAGCGUGCGCGAGCUGGUGCGCGGUUGCGAGAAUUACAGAGCUAAAUUAAAGGAAAUGAAAUUCAUGGAGAACCAGAAGGAGCUGGAAAUUCAAUUACACGCCGCGGUGGAGGAAUUGCAAUUGGAACGCGAGAAGAACAGCCAGAACAAGGAACGCGUUCGGGACAUGGAGAACAAAUUGCAGAAGGCACGAUCGAAGAUAAGGGAGCUGGAGGCGCACGUGGCUAACGACGAUGGAAAGAUUCAACAGUUGCAGACCAACGUGAAGAAUCUGGAGACACAAAUUAAACAGAAAGAUCAGUCGAUGGAUGCGAAGCUGAAGGAAAUGCAGAGAACUAUGAAGAGCAGCAAAGGCUUGGUCGACAAGGUGGAGAAACAGCGGGACACUUUGGAAACACGGCUGGUGGAACUGAAGGAGAAGAUGAACAGCAAAGAGAACGACGCGAUGACCACCAUCAAGGAGCUGUCCGAGAAACUGAACGAGGUUACUAACGAAGUUGGAAUCGAAAGAGACAAAAGGCAUGAAAUGGAGGAGGCUUUCAGCGAAUUGCAGGAACGAUACAAGAACCUCGAAGAGAAGAGUCAACAAUUAUGCGAGCUCGCAGAGAAGAAUAAAGAUUUCACGAUUAUAGAGGGAAGUCACACAGAAAACGAAGUUCGCUUGUACAAUGAGCUAGAGGAAGCCAGAAAAGAAUUGAAGGACCAGACGCAGAUGAUGCUUCAAUUGCAACAGGAGAAAGAGGAAAUCGUUGCAGUGAUGCAUCAGGCGGCCAAUCACGACGAAGAAGAAGACUCGAGGGAGAGGCUGGCUAAGGAAUUGGUAUUCAAGACUAACGAGCUCCAAAACCUGAUGAUGCAGCAUUCGGAACUGAAAAAGGUUACAAAAAACGCCCAAGAAAGAAAUGGAAUAUUAGAAAGGCAGUUGAUGGAGAUUCAGAAUCGGCUGCAAUCUCAGUUAAAAGAGGGUGGCAGAGUUGGGUUAAGCGCUCAUGCGAUUGAGCUUCAACAACAGGUUUCCGAUCUCAGCAACAAUCUGGCGGAAGUGGUUCAGCAGAAGGAAGAGCUUGAAACCGCCUUGACUCAAAAGCAAUUGGAACUGGAACAACGUGAUCGUGUGAUGAGAGAACAGAGCAAGUUUCUUAAGGUCAGAGACGAGUUGCUGGAUAUUCUUAAAGGAAAUGUUCGACAAGAAAACGGAGAACUGUCGAGCAGCGACGAGAACAAUGAAUAUCUUCAAGAAGUUCAAAAACAGAUAAACGCGAAAACGGAAAUGAUCCAAGAGCUGUACGAGACUCUGGAGAACAAACAGCGUCAGAUAAUGCGUCUGGGGAAGAUGGUGAAGCUAAUGGAGGAGCAGCAAGACCGUGCCCAAGCGCAACGCACGCGUUUUGAGAAUCGGAUCGCCCAGCUGGAGCUGAUCAUACAGAGGAGCAAAGAACAGCGGGGUAAAGGCUUCGGCAUCCUGUAAGGAACUUUCUAAUCAUCGUCAGCGUAUAUGUCACCAUGAAAUUAGAUCAAAAUCAAUGAGAUUAAUUUGUGUUACUAACCGUUAUGUCUUUGGUGAGCAACACUCUACUGCAUUGUGCAAGAUUUUUCUGAUCAAUAUGAAGC